AUGUGGCAAAACGACCGCGUGGAGAUCAUCGCCAACGACCAGGGCAACCGCACGACUCCGUCCUACGUGGCCUUCACCGAGACGGAGCGCCUGAUCGGCGAUGCCGCCAAGAACCAGGCGGCGAUGAACGCCACCAACACCGUCUUCGAUACCGAGCGGCUGAUCGGCCGCAAGUUCACGGACCCGGCCGUGGCCUCCGACAAGAAGCACUGGCCCUUCAGUGUGGUCGCGGGUCCCGGUGGGAAGCCCACGAUCGAGAUAUCUUUCAAGGGAGAGAAGAAGCAGUUCGCGCCUGAGGAGAUCUCCUCCAUGGUGCUGGUCAAGAUGAAGGAGAUCGCCGAGGCUUUUACCUUGGCAAGGAGGGUGGUUGGAAUGGUGAAGAACGCGGUGAUCACCGUGCCUGCAUACUUCAACGACUCCCAGCGCCAGGGCGAGGAGCGCAACGUGCUCAUCUUCGACCUGGGCGGCGGCAACUUCGACGUGAGCGUGCUGACCGUCGAGGAGGGCAUCUUCGAGGUGAAGGCCACCGCUGGCGAUACCCACCUGGGCGGAGAGGACUUCGACAACCGCAUGGUGGACUACUUCCUACAGGAGUUCGAGCGAAAGAACCGGAAGGACAUGAGCACCAACCAGCGCGCCCUCCGACGGCUCCGCACGGCGCACAUCGAGAUCGACUCCCUGUUCGAGGGCAUCGACUUCAACUCCACCAUCACUCGCGCGCGGUUCGAGGACAUGAACCAGGACUACUUCCAGAAGUGCUUGGCACCCGUGGAGAAGGUGGUGAAGGACGCAAAGAUGUCCAAGGGCCAGAUCCACGAGGUGGUGCUUGUGGGAGGUUCCACCCGCAUCCCCAAGGUGCAGCAGAUGCUUUCGGAGUUCUUUAAUGGCAAGGAGCCGUGCAAAUCCAUCAACCCCGACGAGGCCGUCGCGUACGGCGCCACCGUCCAGGCCACCAUCCUCUCGGGCAACGACAAGUCGGAGAAGCUCGACUUGCUCCUGCUCCUCGAUGUGACCCCGUUCGGGCAGGGGCUCGAGACGGCCGGCGGCGUUAUGUCGGUGCUCAUCAAGCGUAACACGACGGUGCCGGCGAAGAAGUCGCAGGUGUUCUCGACCUACGCGGACAAUCAGCCGGGUGUGCUGAUCCAGGUUUUCGAGGGCGAGCGCAGCAUGACCCGCGACUGCAACAUCCUGGGCAAGUUCAGCCUGGACGGGAUCCCGCCCAUGCCCAGGGGCCAGUCGCAGAUCGAGGUGACGUUUGACAUCGACGCGAACGGCAUCCUGAACGUGCGCGCCGCGGAAAAGUCCACCGGCAAGGAGAACAAGAUCACCAACGACAAGGGCCGCCUCAGCGCCGACGAAAUCGAGCGCAUGGUGGAGGAGGCCGAGCGGUACAAGGCCGAGGACGACGUCCAGAAGAGCCGCGUGGAGGGCAAGAACUCUCUCGAGAACUACGCCUACUCGAUGCGUAACACGAUCAACGACGAGAAGGUUGCCUCGAAGCUGGACGAAGCAGACAAGACGACGAUCGAGACCAAGAUCUCGGAGAUAAUCGCGUGGCUCGACGGCAACCAGUCCGCCGGGAAGGAGGAGUACGAGGAGAAGCAGAAGGAGCUGGAGGGCGGGUGCAACCCCAUCAUCCAGAAGAUGGCCGGCGGGGCCGGCGGUGAGCCAGGCGGUAUGCCCGGCGGCAUGCCCGGAGGCAUGCCGGACAUGGGCGGCGCCGGCUUCCCCGGGGCCGGAGGAGCGGCAGCCCCCGACGCGGACGCGGACGCCGGCCCCAAGAUCGAGGAGAUUGACUGGACGAAAGAUAUUGGAAGUCGAAACUGA